GCAGGAUUUAUGACAAUAGCUAGAAGCUAGGUCAAAUUCAGGCGCUGUCUGUAGAAUUAUUGCCCGGGAGAUUUCCGUUUUUCUUCAAAAUGUUUGAAAAUUCAGUGAAAAGUGUAAUCAUAUUCAAUUAUACACUUACCUUUGUUAGAGCGUUUAAUAAUUUUAUUAUACGAGAGAGAAUUAUACGAGAGCGCUGGUUUGUCUCGAACCUGUUAUAUAAAGGGAACUAAGAUACUUCACUCUGUCAGAACCCAAGUAUCAUGGACUCACGAAGCAACGAUAUUGGCAACCGGGAGGUUUUAGGUUCGAGUCCUGACGCUGGCAGGAUUUUCGACAAUAUUGUGCGAUUUUUGUAACUUUGCGCCUCAAGGCCCACCUUCACGGUGGCAUCAUAGAUUAAUACAUUUAUUUUAUUCAUCCAUGGCAUCAUGUCUGCAUUUCGCGUCUUUCUCAACGUGCCGCUAGAGAUCGCGUAAUCGCGACUGUAUCAAGCCACGGCCACGUGUAGAGUCGGCUGUGCUCUACUUCAAUCGGGCAAUAUCGUGCUUUUCGAUUUCCGUGCAAUUUUCAACCGAUUAUCGAUAUUUGCUUAACAAGGUUGGUUUAAGUUAAACUGAAAAGCCGCUGUUAUCGGCUGUUAUGUCGUGUAAUCAAGACCCAAUAUCUAGCAUUAUUAAGUGUGUUUAUUUCGCUGCAGAAAAACAUAAAAACCAACGAAGAAAAGAUCCCGAAAAAACUCCGUAUAUCAAUCAUCCCAUUGGAGUGGCAAACAUACUUGUGGAAGAAGCAAAAGUGAAUGAUAUUAAUAUUAUUUUAGCUGCUUUGUUGCAUGACACAGUUGAAGAUACUGACACUUCUUUCUCAGAAAUUGAAGAAAAUUUUGGACCUGUUGUGAGGAAAAUUGUUGAAGAAGUUACAGAUGAUAAAUCUCUUCCCAAAGAAGAGAGAAAAAGACUUCAAAUUGUGCAUGCUAUUGAAUCCAGCCCACAAGCAAAAUUGGUUAAGUUGGCUGAUAAGCUCUUCAAUUUGCGUGAUUUGAAUAGAGCAACACCAGAAGGAUGGAAUGAAGAAAGAGUGCAUGAAUAUUUUGUGUGGGCCAAAAAAGUUGUUGUUGGCCUGAAAGGAACAAAUACAUAUUUAGAAAAAGAAUUGGAUAGUUUAUUUCAGUUGAGAAGUGUUUAGUUAUCUUCACAGUUUAGUUUGAUAAAGAUGUUACAGAAUGCCUUUAUUGAAAGAGAUAACAACUCCUGUAUGAAAUGUCAAUUCAAUUUUACUUUCUUUCAAUUCUUCUUAAAGUAAAUUACUAAUUGGUCAAGAUGUCUAAAAGUUAAAUGUUAUGUAAAAUAAAUUACCAGAAUUAUUCAUAAAAUAGUGAAUCACAUUUUUUACAUAAAAUCAUUAUUCCUUAUUAAUAUUCUACAAAUCAAUUGAUGUUUUGUGGCAUUAGUAUAACAGGUGUGUAAGGAUUUUGAAGAAAAAUCAGUGAAGUGCAUGUUUGGGCACUAGGUACUGUUACAGGUAAAAUAUCACUUGGUUGAUAUCCAUUAACUGAAAGUUUGUUUCUAGUAGUUUCUAAUGGAAGAAAGAUAUUCUAAAUGGUAUUGUUUCCAGUGAUGCUUUAUAUACUGUUAGAACCUUGGAGUUUAACCUACUAUGAUUUCACGAUUUAGAAACAUGAACACUCACUAUCUUUCAGCUACAAAACUUGGUAUAAGGAAGAGUGAAGGAAAAUGAGAUAACCAACCAUUUACUUCCCAGUCCUAGGGUUGUACUUUGUAAGAUAUUGAUAUUACACGUACUGAUUUUAUAUUAUCAAUGUAGAUAAUCAUUAGAUGUCUCUCCAAGAGCUCAAGACCAAUUUGAGCCACCUCAAAAAACUAGUGAAGUACAGAAAGCAACAGCAAAACAUAUCAAGGGUUUUUUCCUCUGUACGUUACCCAUUACACUAGAAAAGUCAAACAUAACUAAAUAUUUAGCUCCAUAUCUUACCAUAAAGAAAAAUGUUUACGUUCAUUGUGAGGAAAGUUAAGUAAAAGAUACUGAAUAGGAGGUGAAAACUGCAGAAAGAUAUGACUCUAAGAAUUUUCAUAUAUACAACCUCACAUUCAUUUUGUCUUAAAGAAAAAUUUAAAAUUCCAAGAUAACAUUAACUUUCAUAUUAUUUUUAUCUACUUAUUAAAAUAUCAAAUUUACUAAAAGCAGAUUGUUUUCUACUUGUAAACAUUCUUGUUUGCUUCUUAAUUUGAUCAUAAUUUAAUACAGUCAUCAUUUGGAUACUAUGAUUGAAGGAAAAUAGGUAGGCUACUGCUUAUUCUCUUGUACUGUAUAAUGCAAAGUAGUCAAUUUUCAGAAGUUUAAAUAUUUAUAAUCUGAAAGUAAUUUGCAAAACAAUAAUUUAUGUAUAAAGAUUGCCAAGUCGAGAAAAGCAAACUAAUGUGAUUAAUAUUAUUAAUAAUAGAGUUUCUAAUUUCAGGUUCAUAUUUAAAUUCAAUUAUUUCAGAAAGUGAAAACUGGUACUUGGCUUCAUUUUCCUCAGAGUCCCACAGUUGUCAUUUUUAAGCUUUUUAAUCUUAACAAUUUUGUUACAUUGUAAUUUUUGCAGAAAAUCCACUGAAUUUUAAUCGUUAAAAAUGCAGAAUCUCAACACAAAUAAUUUAUUCCCCUGGAUGUUGGCAAUAUUUAUUAGUUGUUAUUUUAGCUUCAUAAACAAUAAUUGUUAAAGAAUGUUUUAAAAACACAAUAAUUGUUUCAUUUAUUGCUUUACUAGUUUGACAUUGCCAGG